AUGGAGUUCAGAGUUUCUGCGCCUUCUAGAUUUACUGGAUUAACACCAGCCGUUGCAGGCUCACGGAGAACCAGUCACAUUUUUAUCGCUCCAACAAAAGGAACGUUUACAAGAAACGGUAUUUACGCAGUCGAGGAACCGAUCAAAAGAGCCCCAAAGCGACCGAAAGCUAAAGACUACGAAAUCAUCUACAAAGCGUACCUGGAGAUAAGGGAAGAAAAUGGUGCUUUAAGGCAAGAGGGUCAACAGUUACGAGAUGAACUUCUGCAAACGAAAUCGAAACUUCUUGUUCUUUCCCAGGAAAACGAAGAACUAAAGGCCCAAAUUUCUCAGCUUCCGUUCCCUGAAAACUGGGGACAGGUUAUCCGCGGAAAAGACGAGGAAUUGAAAAGACUGAAAGAAUCAAUUCAUAAAAUGUCGUACGACCGAGCUGAAGCAAUCAACAACAAGUCUGUGGCAGAACUGGCCGUCGAUGAACUGAAAUUGAAACUUCGCAACAAGGUUAAAGAAGUAAAAGACGCAAAGGAGUUGGAGAAAGUUCAGAGCAAAGCAAAAAUUCUCAACGAGACAGAGAAGUUGCGAAACGAGAGAAACAUCGCCGUCGCCAAUCUCACACGUCUUGAAGUUGUUGUCGACAAGCUUCGCCAGGAAGCCGGCCACGAGAAACGAAUAAGCGAAGAAAGAAAAAUGGUAAUUCAAGAAAUACACAAGAGACUUACAAGCAAAGAAAAGCAUGUUGACGAUCUACGAAAACAGCUCGCUUUGUCGCGUCUUUUUAGCAAGUAGAACUAAACAGUUCAUUGUGACACAAACACGUGAAAUUAUCAUCUUGGUUCAUUUUCCGAAUAAUGCAGAGAGUAAAUUGUGUUGUUCAUGAGAGGGCAAGAUAGAACUGAAUGUAAUUUUAACUGACAAACCCGAGACACACAUUGUGUUUGCCUAGGAAACUCGAAAGGAAGUUGAUGUAAAUGUUAAUGUAUAUAUGUUCGUUUCACGAAGCAGCAGCAAAACGUUAAAUAUUUAUUUUUGAAAAUGGAAGCUUAAUGUUGUGAAAACAAGUGAGUAUUUUGAAUGGGAGUGUAUUAGCACUGUACGUA